AUGAAGCAAGAACGGGUGAAGAAGUUUGAGUACUGCUUACCAUACAUCGUCCUGCCGCACAUGCUGCAGGAGCAGAAGACGGACACAGUCGUCCCAAUUUUUAAAAUAUUCCCUCCUCCCUCUCUCUCCCCCACUUCCUCCCCUCCCCGCGCGACCCCAUCAGACAUCUUCCUGCCGCACAUGCAGGAGGAGCAGGAGGUGGACACCGUCGUGUCCAUCAUGUACCCCUUCGAAGGAGACAACCCUCCUCCCCCGGUAACCACCUCCCCCGUGUUCCUCCCUCUCACCAAUCCACCACCUGCUGCUCUCCAUCAUCAUCGUCUCUCUCUCCCCUCCCCCCCGCCUCCCCGCAUUGCCCUGUCUUGCACACUGUCUCUCACACUCCCGGAAAUGCCCUUCCGCACACACUUUCUUACACUCCCUGUGGCACACACACUCUCCCCUCGCUGGCAGCUGCUGGCGGAGUAUGACUGGGAGAUGGACGAGUACGAGACCAGCACAGUCAUCAACCUCCUCCCUCCCCUCUCCCCUCUCCCCUCUCCCCUCUCCUCUCUCCUCUCUCCUCUCUCCUCUCUCCUCUCUCCUCACUCCUCCCUCCUCCCUCCUCUCUCCUCCCUCCUCCCUCCUCCCUCCUCCCUCCUCCCUCCUCCCUCCUCUCUCCUCCCUCCUCCCUCCUCCCUCCUCCCUCCUCCCUCCUCCCUCCUCCCUCCUCCCUCCUCCCUCCUCCCUCUCCCCUCUCCCCUCUCCCUCUCCCUCUCCUCUCUCCUCUCUCCUCUCUCCUCUCUCCUCUCUCCUCUCUCCUCACUCCUCCCUCCUCCCUCCUCUCUCCUCCCUCCUCCCUCCUCCCUCCUCCCUCCUCCCUCCUCCCUCCUCCCUCCUCCCUCCUCCCUCCUCCCUCCUCCCUCCUCCCUCCUCCCUCCUCCCUCCUCCCUCCUCCCUCCUCCCUCCUCCCUCCUCCCUCCUCCCUCCUCCCUCCCCUCUCCCCUCUCCCCUCUCCUCUCUCCUCUCUCCUCUCUCCUCUCUCCUCUCUCCUCACUCCUCCCUCCUCCCUCCUCUCUCCUCUCUCCUCUCUCCUCUCUCCUCCCUCCUCCCUCCUCUCUCCUCCCUCCUCCCUCCUCCCUCCUCCCUCCUCCCUCCUCCCUCCUCCCUCCUCCCUCCUCUCUCCACAUGGAUACGUCGUGUGGUGCCACACAGGAGUUCACAGACAACCUGGUCAAGGACGAGUCACUACCAGAAGCGGAGAAGCCCAAGUUCAUUGAGUAUGUGAAGAAAGAGGUGAAAGAGGCCAAGCUCAAGGCAAAGAAGGAGCGGGAGGAGCGCAAGAAGGCGAUAGAGGACAUGGGAGAGGAGCGCCUGGAGGCACUCAAGAACCUCAGGUUCCUCAAGUUCUACCCCAAGCACAGCGAAGACACACCCGACAUUUCCGAGUUUAAGGCCAACUACAUCAACCGAUAUUACGGCAAGGCUCAUGAGGUUCUAUGA